AUGGCUCACGUGUUACUAUUGGUACUAGCGAUUCAUGCGCAUUCCUCUGUCUCAGCCGUCCAUCUCAACCACAAUUCCAUCCUAGUAGGAGUUGAGAAUGAUUCCCCGUUUUGGCGGCGGGAGCUUCGAAGCAGCGGUGGCGGUGGCGGUGGAGGUGGAGGUGGAGGAGGUCGUAGUGGUGGUGGUGGAGGCGGAAGCAGCGGUCGAGGCGGCAGCAGCGGUAAAGGAGGAGGUAGCGGUGGAGCUGGCAAUGGCAAAUCUUCUAGUAGCAGUGGCGAAGGCAACGGGGGAAAUGGUAAAGGCGGUGGUACCGGUGGUGGCGGCCGUUUUGUAGGAAGCGGCGGUGACUGCCUCAAACACCGUGGUCUCACCGAUAUUCUAUUAUUUCUCGUCUUCGUUAGCUGUUUGAUUGUUAUACGUUAA